AUGAGCAAACCGUGGCCCUCGGACCUCAAGCGACGGUCUGCCGUGAUUGCCGUCUGGUCGGAGAAAGAAUUUUAUUUCUUUUAUAACGUUAAGCAACAGGUAAAUGUAUCUGGUACAGCAGACUUAACAUUCGAAGGAAGUCAAAUUUUUGCUCCUGUUGUUGCAGUUGAUGAUGAUGAUGAUGAUGAUGAUUUAACGAGAGUUCUCAAUAAUGAGUUUGGUAAAGCCUUAGAGGCCCAGCUACUCGCUCCACGCAAGGCGUACCCACCUGCCUUCGAGCAGAGCUCUAAAACUCACAUUUCUAAGGACGAGGCGAGAAACGAGUACGCCGAACACGUUUUCUGCCUUGACAGGCGCUACGCAGUCGCGACGCGUCCUUUGUCUCAGAGCGUGGACGGCGCGGCACUGGCCAGCAAGCGCGCCGCAGUCAUUUCGCACAGCGCGGGCGUGCAGAGCCCAGCCAGCCACCGCCAGCUGGCGGCCGGCCGCGCUCCGGGGACGGCGGAGGCGGUGGCGGCAGUGGGGGCGGUGGCGCGCGGUGGUGUAGAGGAAGGGUUGGCGGAAGGGCGGAGAGGGAAAGAGCGGGAGCUCGAAAAGAUGGAGCAAUGGCGUGCCAGCGGGUGCGGUGGCGCAGAGUUGCCAAGGCUCCUGCAGCAUAAUGCAGCGUUGCCAGUUGUUAUUCACCGCUGCACUUCUGAGUUUGAUUAUAAAUCGAGCAACGGCAGAUGUAAUAAUCCUUCUAUCCGAAGCGUUAUGGGAAAUUCUCAUGGAGAUGAAGGCGGCCAUCGUUGUUCGGCUCGGAGUCGGGAGCAGGGCAUCAUGGGCCGCCGCGGGGAGUUGGCGCUAUUCGCUCCUCUCCGCACCGCCCGCCGGGGUGAGGCCGGGGCUGGGGACGGUGACGGGGGCGGCUGUGCUGCAAAUGAGGCGAGGCGACACGCUUCGACGGACGCAAGUUUGCCGCUACCGCGGAGCAAUGGCUUCCAGGUCUCGCGAGAGAGCUGGCUGGGCUUGGCCGGGCCGGGCGGGGCCGCGCUGCCUUUCCACGGACUGGGCCGGGCAGGGUUGAGCCGAGUCGGGCCGGGCGGCUUGGUGACUGCGUGGCGUGGCGUAGCGCGACGCGGAGCUGGGACGUGGUGA